CCGGCCCGGCCCUACCGACCGCGGAGCUCUGCACUUUUGCUAGUAGUAUAGUAGCUAGCCAAACUAGCUAUCGGCGCGCGAUGGCCGCGGAGAGAGGCUACUACGAGAUAACCCCGGAGCCUUCUCGCAACUCCGACGGCACCGUCCUAUUCAGAGGCAGCGGAGACGCAACGCUCACCGUCUUCGGCUUCGAAAACUGGAAGGAGUUUCUGAGUCGCGGGGACCGGCCGCUCACGGAGGCCGAGGUGGAGAGGAUAGAGGAGGCGGCCAGCGUCGAGAACUUCUCUGUGGGUGGGAGGAUUGCAGUAGAGUGGCCUGACGUGGAGCUGGCCUUCGCCAUGGACGAUUUCGUCGGGAGAAGGAAAAGAAAGACCCCGUUCAUUGUGAGUGCAAGGCAGAACUUUGCCACCAUCAUGCACCCAUUCACCAUCACCAAGCCCUGGAUGAAGUUUCUAGGAGACAAAGACAACAUCAGACUCAACAACUACGAAUGGGCAUUUGAACAGGAAACAGACAAUUUUUCCGAAUACAAAGGUCACGUCAAGUGUGGAAAGGAGAUCUUCACCACCUUUCAAUUCUCUGCUGACUGGAAAUACCACUACACUCAUUCUUAGCUCUCAGCCUUGUAUAUAAUAAAACAGUUUGCUAGUAUUAUACUGUACAUUAACCUUGUGGUUGUAUGUAUGUAUUGGAAAUUUAUGCAUUGUGAAGAGUAAUUAUGGUCUGUUUGUAACUAAUUAA